ACUGUGUAUAAAUAUGUGAACUGUGUAUAAAUACACCAUGAAUACUGUGUGUGUAAAUACACGUAUUGUGUAUCACUGUGCUGAUGAACAGACCCGACAGCACGCACACAAACACCGCUCAGAUCAUAAACCCGGAUCCGUCUCUGGGUCCCGCACCCUGGAGUCCGUGCGGGUGCAGUUCCCUCUCCGGCCUGCUGGCGGCGGCGCUGCCCCGCCUCCGAGCGCCAGAUUCCCGCCCUGCCGGAAAUCCCGCCGCAGAAGAAGAGUCAGACCGGAACCUAAACAGCGCGGCAGAGCAGCGCGCGGCGGAAGAACAUUUUAAUCUCUGUGAAAGUAAACAACAACAACAAGCAUCUGCAGGCUCAUGGACUCUCCACCUGAAACUCUCACCUGGUUACCGUUGGUUACAGCAUGGCGCGCUCUGAUUGGACAGAUAACUCACUGACUGCACUGCCUCCAGAUCUCCAGCCAGCAGCAGGAUGUCUGACUCCUCUGAUGAAGAUGACCAGUGGAAGGCGGAGUCUACCCGCAGGAUGUGGGCGGAGUCUCAGCCGGGUCCUUCCAGGUGUCAGCCCAGCAGACAGGGUUAUUGUGGAUACUGCAGAGUCCUUUACAGCAACCUGGAACAGCACCUGUCCAGCCUCCGACACCUGGAUUCUGUCCGGGCGUCCUCCCGAGGCUCCAGCACUGUCUCCUCCACCAGCAGUAGCAGAACCAAACUAACCCUGCUGGAGCGCUUCCUGCAGGACGUCCUACACCACCACCCGCACCGCUACAACGACCCCAGGCCGUCUCACGCUGACCUCCCCUCAGUCGCCGCCCCUCCGUUGCCGAGGGAGGAACUUGAUGAACUCCGUUUCUCUGACGACGACAGCCGGUCACUCGGCACCCGAGAACAAUUGCCUAGGUCUGACGACGCCUCCUGUCAGCCGGCCAGUCAGUCAAAGAGAGUCAUAGAGGGGGCGGGUCAGGAGAGGGUGUCUACACCAAUCAGAGAGCGGGAGGAAGGAGGGGCCGCCCCUCCAGGGCACACACAUUCAUCACACGCACAGACCCCGCCUCCUGUCCACAGGAAGGCCCACAGGAAGACGAACAGGAGGAAAACCAGCGAGUCCUUGUCCCCCUCACCGCCCCACAGGGAUUCAGGUCCUGGUCCCCAACCCUCCUCAGAGCUGAGGCCCUCCCUGACUCCUGGUCUUGACCCCGGAACCUGUCAACCAUCAGAGCUCAGGCCCUCCCUUACUCCUGGUCUUGGCCACAGAACUUGUCCCCCGUUAGAGCUGAGCCCCUCCCUGAGUCCGGGUCCACACCCUGGAAAAUGCCCCCCAUCAGAGCUAAGGCCUUGGCUGAGCUGGCAGAAGGAGAGGAGAGAGGCUCAUAAAGAGGAGGCCUUCUCCUCAGACCACAGUGACCCCCUGGACCAGACUAUCGAGGAGGUGAUCCAGAUGUGUUGUUAUGGCGUCAGUUCCACUUCCUGCCACCAGCGGGAGACAGAGCGCUUCCACUUCAGCCUUCCAGUCUCCAUGGAAACACAGAGUGACGACUGGGACUCACCUGUCCAGGUGGUUUUACAGCGAGGACCAACACUCAGUAACACACCUGUCCAGGUGAGCCAGAUGGAGGAGCAGGACCUCAGCCGCCUGAUGGACGUUCAGGUGGACCUGGAUGACCAGGUGUACUCGCACCAGCUCGACUCUGCCCUCCACAGUGAGCGGCGUACUGGUAACGGGGCCCGGAAGGACGAGGGCUUCUGGACUCUGCCGAUAGAGGAGGUCCUGCCGGCCCCAGCAUAUAUCCCAGAGUCCUUCAGGGGGAAGACUUGGGCCCAGAUCGAACAGGAGGACGAGGAGAAGGUGGACAAAUUGGUCCGACAAUUCAGACAGGAGAGAUUUAUCUGCUACUUCGACACAGAGUCUCUGGCCAGGUAUGGUAGGAGGAGCCACAGCAAGAAGGGGCGUAGUGAUAACAAGGAGGCGGGGACAGACCCUGGCGUCCUGCCUUUAUUGGACCGUGAUGAAGAUGACUCAGCGUACAUCAGGAGGAAGAGAAAGAGGCGGGCCUUCAGGGUGGCGUCCAGGUGUCAGGUGGUGAAAGUCAGUCACAGCACUCAGACAGUCCAAUUGGUCGUCCCAGCUGUCCGUCAACCAACUUCUGAGGCCCCGCCAACCAACACACCGUCAGCCAAUCAGGAAGCAGCAGAGAGGACUCCUGAUGUCCAGACGUGGCGCUGCCUCCCUUCGUCAUAUUCAAACAUUAUCACGCCGCUGCAGCCUCGCACCUCUGUAGUGUACCUGCUCUGCUCCCCCUCAAGCCCCACCUCCACCUACACACCUCUGUCAGGCUCCGCCCCUAAACGCUGCAGGAAAAAGAGGCGUCCGCUGGACCUGCAGGGGUUAAAGGUCAAAUACAAACGGCUUCCUGUCAGGUUCUACGACCCCGGCAGCAACCGCAUCCUGAAGAACCCCCCAAAGGGCUUCCUGUGGCGCAGAGGCUCCGCCCCCUCCGGCCCACCGCCGCCAUGCGUCCGUCAGCUGUUCAGAAGUCUGAGUCCGGACCUGAACACCGACAGGCCGCCAGGGGAGGUGGCUGCAGGGUCCUCCAGGGUCAAAGGUCAGAGGUCAUCAGACACCGCCUUCAGCCACGUCAACAGCUUACUUCUGGGCACGCUCAGUGAGGACUCAGCACAGACUGACAAACAGGAAACAGUCAGAGGGCAGGGCAGGAUGUCUCAAGCCCCGCCCCCUCAGAGCAGGUCAGAGCGGGGGAGGGGGGGUAGGAGGGAUAGGACACAACCUCCAUUCCCCAAGAGAAGGACCAGGGCUCAGGCCACGCCCCCCAGCCCAGGAGAGAAGGCCUGCGACGGGCAGGACUCAGCAGGAAAGUCCCUGGCUCUCCAGGCCCGCCUCACCCUCCUGCACCCCGCCGGGGGAAAGCCAGGAGGGGGCGGGGCUGCGAGAGGGGGCGAAGGUAGCAGGACUCCUGGACAGGUAGCAGGACGCCUGGACAGGUUGCAGGACGCCUGGACAGGUAGCAGGACGCCUGGACAGGUAGAAGGACACCUGGACAGGUAGCAGGACUCCUGGACAGGUAGAAGGACACCUGGACAGGUAGCAGGACGCCUGGACAGGUAGAAGCACACCUGGACAGGUAGCAGGACUCCUGGACAGGUAGCAGGACUCCUGGACAGGUAGCAAGACGCCUGGACAGGUAGAAGGACUCCUGGACAGGUAGCAAGACGCCUGGACAGGUAGAAGGACACCUGGACAGGUAGAAGGACACCUGGACAGGUAGCAGGACUCCUGGACAGGUAGAAGGACACCUGGACAGGUAGCAGGACUCCUGGACAGGUAGCAAGACGCCUGGACAGGUAGCAGCCUCAUUUAUGAACUUUAUGAAGAGACACUUGUCAGUACAGAAAUCAGGAAGUUGAACAUCAGCAUUAGCUCGUUAACCUGAUGGAUCUGAAUAAAGACUAAUCAGUUUAAUUGAUGAGUAACGAGGUUUAUAAACGAGGCUGCUGGACGUCCUGUGGAAGUCAGCUGAUGUCAAUGUUAAAAUGAAAUCUGAUCGUUCUGAAAGUCAUUUGACGUUUGUGUGCAGAUACAGUUUGAUCAAUCUUCUUUCCUGGUGCAUAAAAACAUUUGGUCAAUAACUACAGAUUUUCAAACAAACAGGGUUUUAUUUUCAGUUUUUCAUCCAUGAUGGAAAUAAAACUCAUUGCAGGACUGAAGCUUUUAUUUUAGUCAGAAAUCAUGAAAAUAUAAAUCAUUAAAUGUUUGUCCUGCAGCAUGAAAAGAAAAACAUUUUGUUACACAUGAAAUCUCAUCUCAUUGAAAUAAAACGUGAACUCGAAAUUUUAAUUUGGUAUGAAAAUGAAAAUGUAGUUAAGAAUCAUGCUAAUUAAACAACGUGUGCACACAAAUGGAAGCUGAAAGUUGGAACUGAUGUGAUUUUAUUCUAAUGUUGGCGUCUUUCUAAACACUAAACACACCUGCAGCUUGUGUCCGACAGGUGAGGUGCUGUUUCUUCAGGUACUGGUGUUGAUAUGUCGCGUUGUUGGUGUCACAACGUUUUAUAACUUUAAAUAUUGAUACGUUGAAUAAACAACUUUUAUAACCUGA